AUUUAAACAAAAUCAUUUCUGCAAAGCGUAGCGUGAAACUGUAGAACAAAAUCUUAUUGGAAUCGGUAUUCUUCGAACAAGACACGAAAUUGUGUACUUUAGAGAGCGAGAAGAAGAAGCAUACUGUGCUUUUACUUGUGCCUUUCGGUCUGAGAAGACCCAAAAUCACGAUCAGGAGGUGCAAUUAAUUGGGUGGGGAAAGGGGAUAGGAGUCCUAUGUUUGAUGGAAGAGUCCUCUCUCUGCUGCGAACAAUUGCCAGAUGGGGAAUGCAUUGAGGUGGUUCAGAAAGACAAAGAAGACGAUACACUGAUUGAAUUGGACUGUCAAAAUGGUUUUCCUGAAGGAAGAAAGGAGUUUGUUGCACCUGCUGUUGGAAUGGAGUUUGAGUCGUACGACGACGCUUACAAUUAUUACAUCUGUUAUGCCAAGGAGGUGGGGUUUCGCGUGAGGGUGAAGAAUUCGUGGUUCAAGCGGAACAGCCGGGAAAAAUAUGGUGCGGUGCUUUGCUGUAGCAGCCAGGGUUUCAAGAGAAUGAAGGUCGUUAAUCAUUUGAGGAAAGAGACGAGAACUGGUUGUCCCGCGAUGAUAAGGAUGAGGUUGGUGGAGUCUCAGAGGUGGAGGGUGCUUGAGGUUACGCUUGAACAUAACCACAUGUUAGGUGCUAAGAUACUCAGGUCGGUUAAGAAGAUGGGAAAUGGAACAAAGAGGAAGCCGUUGCCUUGCUCUGAAGCUGAGGGGCAGACGGUUAAGUUAUAUCGUGCACUUGUGAUAGAUGCUGGAGGUAAUGGAAAUUCAAACUGCGGUGCAAUUGAGGACAGAACUUUCUCUGAGUCUUCUAAUAAGUUGAACCUUAGAAAAGGUGACACACAGGCCAUUUAUAAUUUCCUCUGCCGGAUGCAGUUGACUAUUCCAAACUUCUUUUACUUGAUGGAUUUCAAUGAUGAUGGCCAUUUGAGGAAUGCAUUCUGGGUUGAUGCUAGGUCCAGGGCUUCUUGUGGUUACUUUGGCGAUGUUAUUUAUUUUGACAACACUUAUUUGUCAAACAAAUUUGAAAUCCCUCUCGUGACCUUUGUUGGAAUAAAUCACCAUGGUCAAUCAGUGUUAUUAGGGUGUGGCCUGCUUGCAAGUGAAACUACAGAGUCUUAUCUUUGGUUGUUAAGGACAUGGCUUAAAUGCAUGUCAGGAUGUUCUCCCCAAACUAUUAUUACUGAUAGGUGCAAGGCUUUGCAGAGUGCAAUUGUAGAGGUUUUUCCUAAAUCUCAUCAUUGUUUUGGCUUGUCAUUAAUUAUGAAAAAAGUACCUGAAAAAUUAGGAGGGUUGCACAACUAUGAUGCAAUCAGGAAAGCACUGAUUAAAGCAGUUUAUGAGACAUUGAAAGUGAUCGAGUUUGAAGCGGCAUGGGGAUUUAUGAUUCAACGUUUCGGAGUUAGUGAUCACGAGUGGCUUCGUUCUCUAUAUGAAGAUCGAGUUCGUUGGGCUCCAGUAUAUUUGAAGGACAUAUUUUUCGCUGGAAUGUCUGCAGCUCGCCCUGGUGAGAGCAUUAACCCUUUUUUUGAUAGAUAUGUGCACAAACAGACUCCGCUGAAGGAGUUUCUUGAUAAGUAUGAAUUAGCUCUUCACAAGAAGCACAAGGAAGAAUCUUUUUCAGAUAUUGAAUCAAGGAGCUCAAGCCCCUUGCUGAAAACCAGAUGUUCCUUUGAAUUGCAGCUCUCUAGAAUGUACACAAGAGAAAUGUUUAUGAAAUUCCAGUUAGAAGUGGAAGAGGUGUAUUCUUGUUUUGGUACAACACAAUUGCAUGUGGAUGGCCCCAUCAUAAUUUUCUUGGUCAAGGAGCGUGUUUUGAUUGAGGGAAACCGACGGGAGAUUAGGGAUUUUGAAGUUUUGUACAGUAGGACAGCUGGUGAAGUUCGUUGCAUCUGUAGUUGCUUUAAUUUUUAUGGAUAUCUAUGUAGGCAUGCAUUGUGUGUGCUCAAUUUUAAUGGGGUUGAAGAGAUACCUCACAAAUACAUUCUUUCACGAUGGAAGAAAGAUUACAAGCAUCCUAAUCACAGCUCUGGUGGUGCUAAUGAUACUGACUGCACUAAUGAUACCGACCGCAUUCAAUGGUCUAAUCAGUUAUUUAGAAGUGCCUUACAAGUUGUGGAGGAGGGGAUACUUUCUCUAGACCAUUACAAUGUAGCGUUACAAUCUUUAGAAGAAUCACUGAGUAAGGUUCAUGAUGUAGAACAGAGACAGGAGUAACCUUCAAUGUACUCUAAAAGUUACUUUUAUUUUUCUACCUGCUGCUUAGCGCUGUUUAACUUUGUUCUUUUUACAUUGUCCAUAACUUGUAUAGCUAAAGAUAUUUUUGAGUUAAACCAUAAGUAGCUCCUCCCAUAUCAUUUCUUUACAUGGUAGUGAUAUUGCUUCCGAAGUUGAACGAUUGACA